CAGCCUUCACAGUGUGCUGGGACGGUGUGCUACGUAGUAGUGUGUGUUGCGAAUAAAGCGCUCUCGGUCCUGGUAACCUCAUGAAACAAACAUAAACUGCCAAAGUCGUGCCAGGAACAAAACUUUGCUAACAAUUAUAAGGAAUCACGGUGACAUUAAGGGAGGGGUCAAAUAAAUUCUGCAGUAACAAGCAACACACUUUAAAAAUGCUAGUCAAAUUAAUCACAAGAAAACCAUUUCUCUGCCCUAAGGGCAUUCUAAAUCACUCGUCAAAAUGGAGGUACUCAACUAAAAUUGAAUACAAACCGAUUCGAAGUGUUUUGGUAGCAAACAGAGGAGAAAUUGCUGUCAGAGUAUUUCGGGCUUGCACAGAACUGGGCAUUAAAUCGGUAGCUAUAUAUUCAAAGGAAGACAGAUCCCAUAUUCACAGGUUAAAGGCGGAUGAGAGUUAUUUAGUUGGAGAAGGUCUGUCUCCUGUACAGGCAUACCUUAAUAUACCCGAAAUCAUCAAAAUUUGUAAGGAACAUGGAGUCGAUGCAGUGCAUCCAGGGUAUGGGUUUUUGUCGGAACGAUCCGACUUUGCACAGGCCGUUAUUGAUGAAGGAAUACGAUUUAUUGGACCCACUCCUGAGGUUGUCUACAAGAUGGGUGAUAAGGUGGCAGCUAGACAGGCAGCUAUUGCUGCUGGUGUACCCAUUGUACCUGGAACAGAUGGACCCAUAACGACUAAAGAAGAGGCGAAAGAUUUCUGUAUAAAACAUGGUCUACCAGUUAUAUUUAAGGCUGCAUACGGAGGUGGAGGUAGAGGUAUGAGAGUGGUUAGAAAAAUGGAGGACGUCGAGGAAAAUUUCCAAAGGGCAUCUUCGGAGGCCUUGAGUGCUUUUGGAAACGGGGCCAUGUUCAUUGAAAAGUUCAUCGAGAGACCGAGGCACAUUGAGGUUCAGCUGUUAGGUGAUAAGGCGGGUAAUGUCGUGCAUUUGUACGAACGUGACUGUUCAGUGCAGAGGCGGCACCAGAAAGUGGUGGAAAUGGCUCCUGCUCCUCAUUUGGAUCCGAAAGUGAGACAGCGAAUGACGGAUUUAGCCGUAAAACUAGCGAAACAUGUCGGAUAUGAGAACGCGGGAACGGUAGAGUUCUUGUGUGACGAUCAGAAUAACUUCUAUUUCAUCGAAGUAAAUGCGAGGCUGCAGGUAGAGCACACCGUCACUGAAGAAAUAACUGGGAUCGAUUUGGUGCAAUCUCAGAUAAGAAUUGCCGAGGGUAUGACACUGCCAGAAUUAGGGAUUCAUCAAGAGACAAUUAAACACGAUGGAUUUGCAAUCCAAUGCCGUGUAACAACAGAAGACCCGGCAAAGAACUUCCAGCCAGACACGGGCAGAAUAGAAGUAUUCCGUUCAGGAGAAGGAAUGGGUAUCCGUCUGGAUGGAGCUUCAGCGUUCGCCGGUGCCAUAAUUUCUCCCUACUACGACUCGCUUCUUGUAAAAGUAAUUGCGCACUCGAAUGACCUCCAAUCAGCCUGCGCUAAACUCAACAGGGCACUAAGGGAGUUUCGAGUCCGUGGAGUCAAAACGAACAUUCCUUUCCUUUUGAAUGUACUGGAGAACCAGAAAUUCUUGAAUGGCUCUGUGGAUACUUAUUUUAUCGAUGAAAAUCCCCAGUUGUUCAAAUUUAAGCCUAGUCAAAACAGGGCUCAAAAACUGCUUAACUAUUUGGGGCAAGUUUUGGUAAACGGCCCCCAGACACCGCUGGCUACGUCUUUGAAACCUGCUGAUAUUAGACCGCACGUCCCGGAGGCAUCCGAAGAAUACCUGGCUGUACCUCCCUGGAAAAAUGCAAGUGUUCAGCCUCCAAAGGGUUUCCGACAGAUUUACAAGGAACAAGGUCCAGAGGCUUUCGCCAAAGCCGUUCGUAAUCACAAGGGUCUCUUGCUCAUGGAUACGACAUUCCGUGAUGCUCAUCAGUCUCUUCUGGCUACUCGUGUCCGAACCCACGAUUUGCUGAAAGUAUCGCCGUUUGUAACACACAACUUUAGCCAGUUGUACGCCAUGGAAAAUUGGGGCGGCGCUACUUUUGAUGUUGCCCUGAGGUUCCUACACGAAUGUCCGUGGGAGCGUUUAGAAGAUAUGAGAAAGUUGAUACCAAACAUUCCGUUCCAGAUGUUGCUUAGAGGCGCUAAUGCUGUUGGGUAUACGAAUUACCCCGAUAACGUGGUGUACAAAUUCUGCGAAUUGGCUGUUCAAACUGGUAUGGAUGUAUUCAGAGUGUUUGAUUCGUUGAACUACCUCCCAAACUUAAUACUGGGUAUGGAAGCUGCUGGUAAAGCAGGUGGGAUCGUUGAAGCGGCCAUCUCUUACUCUGGGGAUGUGAGCGACCCUAACAGAAAGAAAUAUGAUCUCAAAUAUUAUUUGAACAUCGCAGAAGAAUUGGUGAAAGCUGGAACCCACGUUUUAUCCAUUAAGGACAUGGCUGGAUUACUUAAGCCAAAGGCUGCAACAUUGCUUGUAACUGCCCUCCGCGACAAAUACCCUGACGUCCCCAUACAUAUUCACACACACGACACCAGUGGCGCCGGUGUUGCCUCAAUGCUAGCUUGCGCCGAAGCUGGAGCUGACGUCGUAGACGUCGCGGUGGACUCGAUGUCUGGGCUGACCAGUCAGCCUAGUAUGGGUGCUGUAGUAGCCAGUUUGCAAGGAUCUCCUCUUGAUACCGGUUUUCAAUUACCGAAGAUAUCAGAAUACUCGGCAUACUGGGAACAAACUAGGACUCUGUAUGCACCGUUCGAAUGUACCACUACCAUGAAGAGUGGUAACGCUGACGUGUACACCAACGAAAUUCCUGGUGGACAGUACACCAAUCUGCAGUUCCAAGCUUAUUCGUUAGGUCUCGGAGAUUUCUUCGAAGAUGUUAAAAAGGCUUACGCGGAGGCGAACCAGCUUCUGGGCGACAUCAUCAAGGUGACUCCUUCUUCGAAAGUUGUCGGCGACCUCGCUCAAUUCAUGGUACAAAAUCAUCUGUCCUCCCAAGACGUCCUCGAUAAGGCUGAAGAAUUAUCAUUCCCCAAAUCCGUAGUUGAAUAUCUGCAAGGUCUCAUCGGACAGCCCUACGGAGGUUUUCCGGAGCCUCUUAGGUCGAAGGUGUUGAGGGACAUGCCUCGAAUCGAGGGCCGACCCGGUGAGAGUCUUCCCCCGCUAGAUUUCAGCGCUCUGGGCGCUAGCUUGAGAGAAACCUUCCCCAACGCGAGCGAGAGAGAUGUUAUGUCCGCAGCUUUGUACCCGCAAGUGACCAAAGACUUCUUAGGAUUUAAGGAUAAAUACGGACCUGUGGAUAAGCUGGACACAAGGAUAUUCCUUGUGGGACCUAAAGUAGGUGAAGAAUUCGAGGCGACUAUCGAGAGAGGAAAGACAUUAGGAAUUAAAACCUUGGCUGUAGCAGAAGACUUAACUGAAGCCGGGGAGAUAGAGGUGUUCUUUGAGUUAAACGGCACCUUGCGAUCAGUUUUGAUCUUGGAUAAAGAUGCCAGUAAAGAGAUCCACGUCCACCCUAAGGCCGAUAAAGCGAAUAAGCUCCAGGUAGGCGCUCCUAUGCCCGGGACCGUUAUUGAUAUCAGGAUUAAGGAAGGGGAGAAGGUAGAAAAGGGCACGCCUCUAGUAAUUUUAUCAGCUAUGAAGAUGGAAACAGUCGUCCAGAGCCCCGUAGCUGGUGUCGUGAAGACUAUCGAAGUUGCCAUGGGAAGUAAGCUGGAUGCUGAGGACUUAAUCGUAACUUUAGAGUAACUCGAGUAGAAACGUCUAUAUGUAUAGAAGUAAAAGCAUCACAUCAUUUGUUCGGCUGUGUUAGAAAACAAUUUUUGAUUGUUUGUUGGAUUUUCAUAUACAGUCUUAUUAAGUUUUAAAGUCUUGUACAUAUUUUAUGUAUAUGCGGUAGACACCUGCAUUGUUUUAUACAAUUGAUUUGAUUUAUAUUUUUUUCUCAAGAAUUGUUAUGAAAUUGAUAUGUUGUUAAUUCCAUUUUUACAUUUAAUAUAUUUUUUUAUACACGU